UCAACAAAGACGCAGACGACAUGACGAAUACCUACAAUAACGUUGCUCCCUUGACUGCGAUAGAGAGCCCACCAACCUACGAGCAUGCGACUGGCAGCUCUAAUACGGAUGGCGGAGUAGUAUACACCGCCCCAAAGCCUAAUACGCCUCUACCGCAGAGCGCCGUCGAUGUAAAGCUACCUCUUCCUGUGGGACUCCCAGGUCCCCAUCCGCCGAUGGCCUACGAAGCAGUCUUGGGCGCCGGGCCCUCGAUGGGCCCAACUUCGGUCUAUCACUAUAUCCACCCCAUCACCGGCGACCGUGUCAUUUCACUACUUCCGCCCAACGACCCCAAGAUGGUCUGUCUUCAGGAAGGGGUGCAUGUGAGGGAGACACGGUACGGGAUCUUAGGCGUUCUGGCCGCGGUAUUCUGGUUCCCGCUUGGCAUUGGCCUCUGCCUUUUGGACAGAAAGAUCACGUGUAAACGGUGCGGGGCAGUAAUUGAGGACGGUUUGUGCAGCUGA